CUGCCUCCAGCAGUAGAUGGCGUCCGUGCCCAGCUUGCUCCGCGGCUCUGAGACAGCUGAGUCACACAUACAUUUAGACCCAGAUAAAUAGAUAUUGUGGGGGAAAAGAGCGGCUUCAGUCGAGAGAUUUCCCCGACUACACUGAAUUUUGACCCCAGCUGCCUCUGACACCGCGUCGAAAGAUGCUGACGAUAACGCUAAAGACCCUCCAACAGCAGACGUUCAAAAUAGAAAUAGACCCAGAAUUGACGGUGAAAACCCUGAAGGAGAAAAUAGAGGAGGACAGAGGAAAAGAUGCAUUUCCUGCUGCAGGACAAAAACUCAUCUAUGCAGGCAAAAUCUUAAAUGAUGACACCCCGCUGAAAGAGUACAAAAUCGAUGAGAAAAACUUUGUGGUGGUCAUGGUUACCAAGCCUAAACCAGGACCUCCUCCACAAGCAGCCCCUCAACCAGCAGCCCCUCAGCCAACCCCCCAUCCAGCCGCAACUUCAACACCACCCUCAGCCUCAGUCUCAGCCACAGCACCGGCCUGUGGCCCAGCACAAGCGCUGUCCACAACGAUACCUGCAGGGUCUCCACCUACACCUGCCUCACAGUCAGUGCCUCCCACUGAUUCCCCAUCCCCUGUCCCAGAAAACACCCCAUCGGCUUCUGUUGAAACAACAGCAGCUCUGGACUCAAACUCAGCCCCAGACUCAGCUCCAGCUUUGGCUUCAGCUACUACUCUAGCCUCUGCCCCAGCUCCAGCUGUUGAAACUGUUCAGACAGCUUCAGCCACUGCAGACCUCCCCACCCCUACUACUCAACCAGAAGAGAAGCCAAGGGACGACCCUGAGAACCAACCAUCUGCCACGGCACCAGUCCACUCUUCUGCUUCCAGUCUUGUUGAUGAACUGGGUCUGCUUGAAGAAGCAGCAUCGAUACUGGUGACAGGUCCGGCCUAUGAGAACCUGGUGUCAGAGAUUAUGUCUAUGGGUUAUGAGCGGCAACAGGUAGUUGCUGCACUUAGAGCCAGUUACAACAACCCAGACCGAGCAGUGGAGUAUCUACUCAUGGGUAUUCCAACAGAGGCCAGUGAUCUGCCACCUCAAGAGCCAGUUAGACACAGUGCUACAUCUAACCCCCCCAACCCUACUACACAACAGGCACAGCAGCCCCCAACAGCCUCUAACACAGGGCCAGUGUCUGGCAGUCAGCCUCCCACUGCUGGUGGAGGCUCAGUCUCCACAGGGAACCCUUUGGAGUUCCUGAGGAACCAGCCUCAAUUCCAGCAGAUGAGACAGAUCAUCCAGCAAAACCCGGCCCUCUUACCAGCCCUGCUGCAGCAACUUGGCAGAGACAACCCACAGCUUCUACAGCAAAUCACGCAGCACCAGGAGCGUUUUGUACAGAUGCUGAAUGAGCCACGAGGUGGAGACACAGGAGGGGAAGGUGCUGAGGCCCAGGGGUUACCACACACCAACUACAUCCAGGUCACCCCACAGGAGAAGGAGGCCAUUGAGAGGUUAAAAGCACUGGGCUUCCCUGAAGGCUUAGUCAUCCAGGCUUACUUUGCCUGUGAGAAGAACGAGAAUCUGGCUGCUAACUUCCUGCUACAGCAAACAUGGGACGAUGAAUAACUAAACAUCACCGUUCAACAGAGGACCACAGAGUGGAUGACAGUGCUACACAAGGUCUACCAGGGAUAAACAGGAACAGGAGAGGAAGACAAAGUUUCUUUUCACACCAUGUGACUGUGGUCUGAUGAUUGCUGCGACGACGACGACGACAACGACAUGCUGUUCAGUUAGCUGUGCUGCCUACCCUCCAUUCAGCUGUGAUGAUCAUCAUAGCAGCUCACACUGAGCUUCAUUAUUACUGCUGCCGCUUGUGCUGAGUGAUUACAAUCAGAGAAGUCAUGCCAGGAAAUAUGCCAACAGUCUGCAUCCCCUUCACAGGCCAACAGGCUUUUAUUUAGAGGGUUUCCACUGAAGUCAGCUCGCACAACAUUAAAACCGGUAACUGGUUUUAAUGUUGCUGCUGUGCAGUGUACAGUAUAAAUACUACAGAGUGUAUUUGUUGUGAAAAUAUACUGGACAAAAACUAAUUUUCAAAAUAUGUGUUUACAAACCUUCCAUGUUGGAUUUACAUGAAAAUGUGAUGCAAACUGUUGACUUCACUGUUUGAGAGCUAACAUUGCUUUAUAUUAAAGUUCAGGUCUGAUCA